AUGCGCAUUCUGGAUGUAUAUGAGCACCCUUCCUUCGAGGCCUCUCGGAGAGACUACUGGGCUCUGUACGCCCUCGUCGCUAUUGUCAUGGUGCUUGCAUCCUCCAUUGCUGCACUCCGGUUCAAAGGCAGUAGUCUGUGGCAGUUUGAUGCCUUUGCGCGCAUCCGAUAA